GUGAUCAAAGAGCUCAACAAGUGCCGUGAGGAGAACUCCAUGCGUCUGGACCUGUCCAAGCGUUCCAUCCACAUGUUACCCACCUCCAUCAAGGAACUCACCCAGCUGGCAGAGCUCUACCUGUACAGCAACAAGCUCCAGAGCCUCCCCUCAGAAGUGGGCUGCCUGUCUGGCCUGGUCACCUUAGCCUUGAGUGAGAACUCCCUAACCAGCCUACCAGAGUCCUUGGACUCCCUGAAGAAGUUGAGGAUGCUGGACCUGAGGCAUAACAAACUGAGGGAGAUACCGGCGGUGGUUUACCGGGUGACGUCGCUGACCACACUGUACCUGAGGUUCAACCGGAUCACGGCGGUGGAAAGGGACAUCCGGAACCUGGCGAAGUUGACCAUGCUCAGCAUCCGUGAGAACAAGAUCAAACAGCUGCCUGCCGAGAUAGGGGAGCUCUGUAACCUCAUCACCCUGGACGUAGCCCAUAACCAGCUGGAACACCUACCCAAGGAGAUCGGCAACUGCACCCAGAUCACCAACCUGGACCUACAGCACAACGAGCUACUGGACCUACCAGAAACUAUAGGUAACUUGUCAAGCAUAAACCGCUUGGGUCUGCGGUACAACCGGUUGUCAGCCAUCCCCAGGUCGCUGGCCAAGUGCAGAGAACUGGAGGAGCUCAACCUAGAAAACAACAACAUCUCCGUGUUGCCAGAAGGUCUCCUGUCUAGUCUGGUGAAUCUGACCAGUCUAACCCUAGCGAGGAACUGUUUCCAGUCCUACCCGGUGGGAGGACCCUCCCAGUUCUCCACCAUCUACUCUCUCAACAUGGAGCACAACCGCAUCAACAAGAUCCCCUUUGGAAUCUUCUCCAGGGCCAAAGUCCUCAGCAAACUCAACAUGAAGGACAACCAGUUGACGUCUCUGCCUCUAGACUUUGGCACGUGGACCAGUAUGGUGGAGCUCAAUCUGGCCACCAAUCAGCUGACAAAGAUCCCAGAGGACAUCUGCGGUCUCGUUUCGCUUGAGGUCUUGAUAUUGUCCAACAAUCUUCUCAAGAAGUUGCCACAUGGUAUUGGCAACCUGAGGAAACUACGGGAGCUCGACUUGGAGGAGAACAAGUUGGAAUCGCUCCCGAAUGAAAUCGCUUACCUGAAAGAUUUACAGAAACUAGUGUUGACCAAUAAUCAGCUGACCACGUUGCCCCGUGGGAUCGGUCACCUCACCAACCUGACCCACCUGGGUCUGGGAGAGAACCUGCUGCAGCACCUGCCAGAGGAGAUCGGUACACUGGAGAACUUGGAGGAGCUGUACCUCAAUGACAACCCCAACCUGCACAGCCUCCCGUUUGAGCUGGCCCUGUGCAGCAAGCUGUCCAUCAUGAGCAUCGAGAACUGUCCUCUCAGCCAUCUGCCCCCACAGAUCGUCGCCGGGGGCCCCUCCUUCAUUAUCCAGUUCCUCAAGAUGCAGGGGCCCUACCGUGCCAUGGUCUGAUAGGGCCCGGAGGCCAAGAUUGUGGUCUGAGAGCUGAUUUGAUGGCUGAUAUACCAGGCCCACGCAAGGCCUGUGAUCUGACAACGGACCACGCCCAUAAUUGGGUAGACCACGCCCACAUUCUGAAGGCUGACGCCCACCCAUUCAGACACCCCACCCAAUCCCUUACCUAUCCAACUACGUGUGUCAUACACUGUAAAAAAACAACAACAACAAAAAACUAAAUGUACAAAAAGGGGAGGAAAACAUUUUCGGUUCAUACAUCAUCUAUAUGCGGAAAAAAACAAAACAAGUACAUUUAUAUUGAGACUGUGCUCCAGCGUUUCUGUUGAGGAAUCAUAGCCGUUUAGAAGGCCAACUUCUCCAAUAUUUUAUUCCCGAGUCAUGUAAGACAAAACUUAAAGGGUCAUUACACAACUUAUUUUAUUUUUUUUACAUUAUAUUCAUUAACUCCAGCACCAUACGAUACAUAAUCUGUUUUCAUACAUAUGAAGACACUGGUAUAGUGCUGGAGGUAAUGAAUAGGAGAUUAAAAAGUGGUGGAAUUGCCCUUUAAUAUCUCUACCACGUUUUGCCAAAACGGAUCAUGUAUAUUGAGUAACAAUGAGCUAAAGUGGCUAUGAUUCUUUUAACAUAGAAACCAGAUUCCCAAUGCCAACAUAUUUACAGUAAUUAGGUAUGUAUAUUAGGAGAGCUUAGGAUACAACUAUUGUAUGCAAAAAAUAAUAUUUGAAACUUAAAUUUUUACUGCUGCUGCCAUUAUCAAUGUUCAUUUUGUCAUGUCUUUUUCUUUUUGAUGUGUAUAUAUUUUUUUUUUUUACAACUCGACUAAAGAUUUGUUAUCGUGAGGUUUGAGGUUAAAGAACAAAGGUCUAAUGUUGAUGUUUUUAAUUUCACAUUAAUCCGUAAAAAAACAGUGCCUAUAUGUCCAGGAAGGUCCAUUGGUUUUUCUGACGCUCUAAACACAAUUGUCCAUUAUACAAAGGUAUCAUUUAGUUAAGCAAAUUUUCUUUCUAGAAUUAUGGUUUGUUAAAAAAAAAAGUUUUACAUUUCUUUUAUAUUAGUUCUAUCAUUGUUGGAUGGCAAUGAUUCAAAAAAUAAAGUGAUAAAAGUAUACAUUUGAAUCAAUCGCUUUCGGAGGAUUUAAAUUUAAAAAAAAAUAAGCAGUAAUCCUUAAACAGUAAGCUAGUAAUAUAUAACAUUUAUGCGAAAUCUUUAAUGCUUUAAAAAAAUGGACUUAGCAAGUUUGACUCAAACCUUUCCAAAAUAGGCAGUAAUGUUGCCCUCAUGUUUUAAGAUAUUAGAUUUGUUUUUGCUUUGAGAAAAAAAGUUAAACUGUAAAAAGAGGUGAUUAGAUAAGUGAUCUGUAGUGACUUUUAUAUAUUCUAUAAAUACUGAUUGUUGCCUUGAGUGCAAUUUGAGUCAUUGUAAUGUUUACUUUUUUGCUAUGUCUUCAGUGUUGGGGCUGUCAUACAACGUGGAAACGAAUGACCAACAACAACAUAUCAGGAACGUUGAAGGAAAGGUGUCAAUAUAACUAAUGACUGACGUUGCCAUGGUUACCGUCGUUAAGGUAUGCCAAAAACAUGAAUCAAAACCCAUAAUUGUCAUUAUACAUCCAGUUUCUUUGACUGCUUUUUUAAUACGCCUCUUCACGAGAUCUGAAAGUUUUACUUGGCUUCCUUCUUUUUUUUGUCCCACACUGUCCCAGCAAUGAUGCUGUUCUUAUGCACUUUCUAAAUGACAUUGGCAUCAUCCUCUUUUAACAAUGACAAUAUCCUUAUCUCCAUGGUUACGUUGAACUGGGGCAUUUUUGUUUCACAGUGAAGUAUUUUAUCUCUUUGAACAGUUUAUCAUGUACAUUUUAUAAUGGUGUCAAAUGAAUAUUAAGGAUGAGAUGACAAGCUCAAAAUAAAUCUAAACUAGUAAGUAUGUGGAGCGUCGAAUUCAGACGUUUUGGCUUUCGUCCUAUCAAUCUUGAUGGAAAAUAUUAGCUUGAACUGUGUAUGUCCAAUAAGGGUCUUAUUGAUAUGUUUAAAGAUGUAUUAAAGUACCCCAUAUCUUGCUCAUAUGUACUACAAGCAAAAUGUUUGUCAAAUUAUUGCAAUUCAUUGAGUUCCACAUUGUAAAAUGUAAAUCAUUUUCUGUUACUAUAAUUUUUUUGACACUGUAUUGGGUUAGUAUUAUAUCACGUGACUGUACAUUAAAAUCCCAACUAAGGUAGAUCAAACCAAAAGCUUUUUUGGUUUUGGAAA